AUGGGUUACGCUGAUAUUGCCGACCAGUAUAAAAGUGAAGGAAAGUUCGAUCUCAAAAGACGCCAACUCUUGGAUAAAUUUCAGAAUGAUACUUCUGGUAUUAAAGACAAGCUUAAUCAAUUGCUUGAACAAUUGGUGGAUCUUAAGAUAGAGGAGAAUCCAGAAUUGCUUGUGGAAAACCGUGGAAAAUUAGUAGCCAUCAUUCAAGCUUCAUUGACUAAGCAGCAGUUAGGUAAAAGGCUUGCUGGGUUCAAGCCAAAAAAUGACAUUUCAUCUAAUGAAUCUUUAGAGCAUGGUUCGGUUCAACAGCAGAAAAUCAUAGAUGAGAUCUCCAAACUCCUUAACCAAUACGUUUCCGAAACAGUCACUCAUAACGAUGAGUUUGAACACGGCUUGGAGGGUGAGUUGUCGCGAAUCACCGAUAAAACAAAGAAAUGA